AAAGGCGACGUGCGAGGCGGCGACGCGCGCAGUCGGCUUCGCGACGGGCUCGGUGGCGGACGUUCGCACGUGCGCGAGCGGGUGCUCUCUCUCUCUCUCUUUCUUCCUCUAGCGCUCUCUCUCUCUCUCUCCCUCUGCCCUUUCGCCCCUCUACCGACGAUCAGCCCACACAGUCGUCGGACGUCACUCGCGAUAGGAAGAGGCGGCAGUCAGUGAUAUCAAGGAUACCCGGCUGCGUCCGUCAUGACGGAGGAGGCUCGCAAGGAGGUUCGCGUCUGGUGCGACGGAUGUUAUGACAUGGUGCACUUUGGACACGCGAACUCCUUGAGGCAGGCGAAGGCUUUGGGCAACUACCUGGUUGUAGGUGUCCACAACGAUGAGGAAAUCACGAGACACAAGGGCCCGCCCGUCUUCACCGAGCAAGAAAGGUACAAAAUGGUGCGCGGCAUUAAAUGGGUGGACGAGGUGGUCGAAGCUGCGCCUUAUGUCACAACGUUAGAAACAUUAGACAAAUACAACUGUGAUUUCUGUGUUCACGGCGACGAUAUCACAAUGACGGCUGACGGCGUGGACACGUAUCAUUUGGUCAAGGCAGCCGGUCGCUACAGAGAGGUCCAGCGUACAGCCGGCGUCUCGACGACCGACCUCGUGGGACGAAUGUUGCUGAUGACGCGGCAACACUUUCGGCAGGGUGACAACGAGUACAGCGUCGACAGAGAGCCGAGCAAGAGCAUGGGUCAGGACCGGACCGCCCGGAGCCCGUGGACCGGCUGCUCGCAAUUUCUGCCGACGACGCAGAAAAUCAUUCAGUUCAGCGACGGCAAGAGCCCGCAGCCGGGCGACAAGAUCGUGUACGUGGCGGGCGCGUUCGAUCUCUUCCACGUGGGCCACUUGGACUUCUUGGAAGUCGCCAAGAAGGAGGGAGACUACCUCAUCGUCGGUUUACACACCGAUCCCGCCGUUAAUCGAUACAAAUGCGGCAAUCAUCCUAUCAUGAACCUACACGAACGUGUUCUCAGUGUACUAGCGUGUAAGUAUGUUAAUGAAGUUGUAAUCGGCGCGCCGUACGCAGUGACGAGAAAUCUGAUGGAACAUUUCAACGUAUCUGUCGUGUGUCACGGGCAGACGCCUAUAAUGCCUUGCGAGGAUGGAUCGGAUCCAUACGCGGAGCCCAAGAAGCAAAAUAAAUUUAAAUUGUUAGAUAGCGGUAAUGACAUGACGACGGAAAAAAUUGUUGAGAGGAUCAUUCUCCACAGGUUGGAAUACGAGGGUAGAAAUUUAAGGAAGGAGAAAAAAGAGCUUGCCGCUUACGAAGCCUUCAUCAAGUCUAAGAAAAAUGACAGGAUCGAAUAAUUGUUCGUUUUUAUUUUCCCUCCGCGAACAUUCGCGGUGUAUACGUGUGAUGAUCAGAUUUUAUAAAAUCAACGUGUAAAUACGACGUCACACCGACACUCAAUUUAUCGUUUCAAAAUGCCUUACAUAGUUGAAAUAAAUAUUUAUAAUCGAUCAAUCAGUAUGCUAGAGAUGUCGAUUAGCGAUGUGGAAGUCCGCGCUAGUUUUAAUUUCUUGCAAUAUCACUACGGACGUUGGUGCACAACGACGACGAUUGUGAAAUCAGGCGACCAUUUUAUAUGCAAGGUGUGCCAGGACUAUUGUCGUCCGCUCGAUACAUUUUUAUCAGUUUUAAUUUUUAUCAGUAAAAACGUAUUUAGGUUUGCAAAUGGAAAUUUAUGUCUUAACUGAUCAUAGUGAAUUUUUCAGGAAGAUUAUCUGUUGUGAACUCAAUAGAGUUUCAAAGCGACUUUGCCAACCAAAUUUGACGCGAUAUAAAAUCCAGAAGUUAUUAAUCAAUAUAUUUUAUGUAAUUAUUGUGUAAUAAUAUAAUUAUAUAAUAUAGUAUGAGAUAUUAUGUAAGUAAAUAUAACAAUUAAUUUUUAAACAUUUCUAAACAGCCAGACGAAGUUUAUUGAAUUGUACCGCGUUUCAAAGCUAAUUUCAGCUAAUUUUGUUCAGCAGUAGCUAAAGUAACUUCGGGUUUAUUUCUAGUCACACGCCUGGAACAUAGUCCUGGAACAUCCUACAUAUAUCUCACAUAUCUCUAAAGACAAGAGUCGUCUUAAAGGUAUAUCGUAUGUUACAAAGCCUUUGGACGUAGGUAUGUUUAGCAAUUGUUCUUUCACGAUGUUCACAUUAUGUCGUUGCUUGACUCAAAUAUCGAAAAUAAUCACAAUUACGUAUAAGCAAUCAUGUAAGACGCGCUGUAGAAACGAAGAUUGAAUAUUUUUCAAGUCGAGCUGUUGAAUUUCAACUAUUUUUCGCUAUUAUUCUCUUUCCUCGUGCGAUAAUCUUCGCAUCGCCUUAUCAUUACGUCAUUUAUAUCUUUUUCGUAUACGUUAGAGCAUUUGUUAUUUGUUCGAUUGGAGUUUCGAUACUUUUAAGCAAAUUUUACGGACAUUAUGACUUGAAUUUUACUGAAAUAACGCGUUCGGUCUUGAAAGAAAUCCUCAUUGUGCAAUACAAAAUGUAUGGUUUUCUUAUAUUAACAUAUUUAACUAGCGAAGACACAUCGGCACACGCGCAAUCACGUUCCGAGUAUUCCGAGUAGUCCUUCAUCUGGGAAUUAUCGAAUAGUCGAGAAUGGCAGGUAAAGGAGCUAGACUCGUGAUUCGGUCUAAUUAAUCGGAAGUUCCUAAGCAUUUACAAAUGCCUAUCGCAUGUUUCUUAGCGAUACCGUGGUCGUUGCUAGACGGCGAUACUUACGGCCGAGCCUGGGCGGUUCGUAAGACCCGGCCGGGUAGUUAAUUCAACUUUUACGACAAGCACUGUUCAUUGAAUAAAUUAUGACGCGUAAUUUAAGUGUUAGAUUUUCUAAUGCGAGAUAUUAGAGUAUCGUAUGCCCAAAAAAUAUCAACGGAGCCAAAGAAGUUAGAUUUAUGGCGCACGUCGUAUAGACUGAACGAGAAACCGAGUUACCGUUUAUCUCCGAACUUGGAACUGUUUGCGAACUAUGGGGAAGUGACAGGGAAGAUACGUCGAAUAUUCGUUGCCGCACGCGAAGAUAUGUUUAAGGAUAUUCCAGAUAAACUAUCAGAGCUCUCCUCGUUAGACAUUAAAUCGCGAGGACCGGCAACUGUCCGUCGAGCUUUCACCGAAGUAAGGAUCGACGGUCGAGUCGACGGGCGGACUGCGACUGAACGAAAAAUCGGGGACAUCCUAUGUAACGCAAACAGGUUCUUCGACCUGAUAACAUAGUGGCGAUGGCAUUAGCGCCGAUAAACUUGUGUAGCGACAGUUGAACUAGAUUACACCGGAAGAAAGAAACAUUGUACAGUUGGUGAUUUUCUACAGAAAGAGUCGACACCAAACAAAAAUUGUAGCACGCAAAAACAAAGAUUGUUUAACCUUUUAUUUUAUAAUAAAUAGUCAUUGUACACGGUCACAUCUA